CUCAUUUAAAAGAAACUGAAACUGAUCUGCUGUUGAGCUGUUGUUUGUGUGUCUGUAUUGCUGUAGACAGUGAAAUGGCUGAAGCCAGUGUUUUUUCAGUGGAGCAGUUCAGCUGUCCAGUGUGUCUGGAUCUCCUGAAGGAUCCAGUAACUAUACAUUGUGGACACAGUUACUGUAUGAGCUGUAUUACAGACUGCUGGGAUCAAGAGGAUCAGAAGAGAGUCUACAGCUGCCCUCAGUGCAGACAGACCUUCAGUCCAACACCUGCUUUAGGUAAAAACACCAUGCUGGCUAUAGUGGUGGAGAAACUGAAGAAGACCAAUCUAAAAGCUGCUGUUCCUGCUGGACAUGGAGACGUGGAGUGUGACAUCUGUACUGGAAGAAAACACAAAGCUGUCAAGUCCUGUCUGGUGUGUCUGGAGUCUUACUGUCAAACUCACUUUGAGCGUCAUGAAGAGUUUCGCUCAGGAAAGAGACACAAAGUGACUGAUGCCACUGGACGACUGCAGCAGAUGAUCUGCCAUCAACAUGAUAAGCUUCUGGAGCUUUUCUGUCGUACUGACCAGCAAUGUGUUUGUGUACUUUGUAUGACAGAUGAACAUAAAAACCAUGAGACUGUAUCAACUGCAGCAGAGAGGACAGAGAAAGAGAAACACUUGAAGGAGACACAGAGUGAAAUCCAGCAGAGAAUCCAGCAGAGACAGAAAGAUCUUGAGCAGCUGAGAGAGGCUGUGGAGUCUCAUAAGCGCUCUGCACAGACAGCAGUGGAGGACAGUGAGAGGAUCUUUACUGAGCUCAUCCGCUCCAUUGAGAGAAGCCGCUCUGAGGUGACACAGCGGAUCAGAGAUCAGGAAAAGACUGCAGUGAGUCGAGCUGAAGGACAAAUGGAGCGACUGGAGCAGGAGACUGAAGAUCUGAAGAAGAGAAACUCUGAGCUGGAGCAGCUUUCACACACAGACGAUCACAUACAUUUCCUCCAGAGUCUUCAGUCUCUCUCAGCUCCUCCUGAAUCUACAGAAAACAUCUCUGUCAGUUUCCUCUUUUCUUUUGAUGGUGUGAGAGAAUCUGUCUGUCAGCUGAGACACAAACUGGAGGAUUUCUGCAAAGAGGAGUCACUCACAGUAACAUUGUUCCCAGGACCAGAGAGGACUUCCUACAAUAUUCCCAUCAGUUCACUCUGGAUCCAAACACUGCACAUAAACGUCUCCGUCUGUCUGAAGGGAACAGAGCGGUGACUUACACUGACACACCUCAGCUGUAUCCUGAUC